CUCCAUUGACAAAGCCACUAGUUUCCUUGCUCUGUUACAGUAAACAAAUAAUAAUUUGGAAAUUGACUGCUAUGUGAUAAUAUUUUAUUUUAAUGAUCCCCUUGGUGUCAAAACAAACUUUUUUUUUUUUUAUUGAUCUCAAGUUAGAUUUGUGGUGAGGUAUAUUUGGUUUAGAUUGGAUUAAUGGGAUUCAGGAAUUUGAACAUGUCCUCCCGCCGAAAGAAGGCAGAACAGGCGUCCUUGUUACCCAUCAAGGAAAGAAGGGCCUGAAGAAGGAUUUAGAGUUCUUGUAGAGAUCAGUGUCUUGAUACCAUGGGGUUUCGAUUUGUCUCGGAGCUUCUUGAAGGUUUCUAUGGCUUUCCGGGUUCACCUGCACAAUUUUUCACCGUGACCGGCCAGCCGCAACCAGUUUCUAUAUUGCGUUCUGGAUCUCGUGCUCGACUUGGUUCUCCUAUCACCGGAGCAUGAUUUCCUUGCGAUGUUUGUCUGGGUCAAGUUUCUUAUUUAAUCGUGUUGCUUAUGUGUAGAUAUCAAAGUUGGAACGAGAUGAGCGAGACGAGGGUUGGGGUCGCAGAAAAGUUGUCUGAGAAGGGAAAAGAUACGGCGGAUCCUGACAAGGGAAAGCAGUUGGUGUCAAGAUCUGAAUCGGACCAGGUGAUGGAAGGAAGAGAUCCUGCAAAUUAUAUACCCUAUCCAAAGCCGCUGGCGAAGUAUGAAGAGGUCAUUGCCAAUCCAGAGUUGUUUCGGGAAACGCUUGAGAAGCUGCAUGCUACGUUAGGAACUAAAUUCAUGGUGCCAACCAUAGGCGGAAGGGAACUAGAUCUUCAUCGACUCUUUAUGGAGGUUACAUCGCGAGGAGGUAUUGAAAAGGUGAUUGCAGAUAGGAGAUGGAGAGAAGUAACUGCUACUUUUAGUUUCCCCUCUACAGCCACAAAUGCAUCUUUUGUACUGCGCAAAUAUUACAUAUCUCUAUUACAUCACUAUGAGCAAAUUUAUUUCUUUGGAUCUCAAGGAUGGAGCUGUCUUCCAACUGCUCCUUCGCACACACCUGCAACAUCAGUUCCAUCUGAGAAGUUGAUUGACCCUAUGAUGUCAUAUCCUGAAACUCAGGCGGUUGCUCGGAAGCGUAGGAGAAGCAAUGGUCUGUCCUCACCAACAAGUCCAACUGUUGUCGGAGUAAUCGAUGGCAAAUUUGAGUAUGGCUAUUUUGUCACUGUCACUGUGGGCUCUGCAAAGCUAAAAGGUGUCCUCUAUCAUACUCCUGAACAGACCACUGCCCAAGCACCACAAUAUUGUGGAGUUGCCGAGAACAGCAAUGCAAGGGGUGUUCGCCGUCACCGGCGUAGGAAGAAAUUGAGCAAGAGAGACCCUACACAUCCAAAGCCAAAUAGGAGUGGAUAUAAUUUCUUUUUUGCAGAGCAGCAUGCGAGGCUUAAGCCACUCCAUCCAGGGAAGGAUAGAGAAAUCAGUAAAAUGAUUGGAGAUCUAUGGAACAAAUUAACUGAGGCUGAAAAAGCUGUAUACCAAGACCGAGGUCUGAAGGAUAAGGAGAGAUAUAGAAGUGAAAUGGAAGUAUACAGGGAAAGAUUGAAAACCGGCCAAGUAAUUAGUGAUGCAGUGCCCAUCCAACAGCGUCCUGCUGAGCCAGAGGUGGCAGUUGGGGACGCAGAAUUGAAAACGGAGGCAGAUGAAGGUGGCAAUACUCUAGCUAAUCAAAAUGAUAGCAGUACUGAGGGUAGUGAAUCCGAGGAUAAAAAAUCAGAUGAGGAUGCGGAAAUGGAGACAUCACCUGAAGCUGGUGGAAUCGCUACAGAGUCGACUAGUUUGGCAGAUCCUUCAAAUGAGGGAGAUGAAUUUGAAUUACGGAGGAGGAACGAAGUAAAAUUGGAAAAUGAAAAUGACCUUCCAAGUUCCAGGGAGGAUGCAGAAUCCAAAAAGUUUACCGAGUCAUCAACUGAUAAGCAGUGACUAUAGGUGAAAUUGAACUUCAAAUCACAGACUGAUUUUCUAAUUGACUUAUAGCACUUUUCUUCCUUUUAAUCGUACAUCUAACAGAGUUUGUAGGUUUGAAAUUAUUCUUUUCUAUUGGCAAGUUAUGGAUGGAAAACUUUUAAAGAUAUUUUGGUAGAGGUGGCAGAAGCAACCAGUCAGAUACCGAUUGCUCUUUUGAGUAUCACCUGCCUGAAUUGCUAGGUUGGCAAGUCAGCAAUAAAGAAUGGAAAUGAUGAUUUCUUUUCA